UCAAGUAAAUCACCUGCCAUACCUCCACGAUCACAGAAGUUUGAAAACUGACGGGCAAUUAACGCAUUGAGCUGAUUCUAGAAUGAACGCCCAAUUAAGAAAGUAUAAUUAAGAAGCAUAAUUUGUUGCUCACCGUCCUGGAAACAGGCAGACGCAAGGGCUACGCACAGUCCCGUCAAAAGUUACGCUUAACUACCCUUGCACGAGAUAAAGAAACAGUUACAUGCAUAUAACCAUUAAGAUUAAAACUAAGUGUGAUACUUUGUUUAAUCAUCAAAUAGUACUGCAUUUUCAUCGGAACCAUUUUCUGGGUCUUACAUUCUAUUUUCAGACGAAGGAGUAAUAGUAGGGCAUUCUGGUCUUAAUCGCAUCUACGUUAUAAGGCGCUCGCAAACGUCCGGUUUUCAUCCGAAAAUAAAGUUUACGCGAUAUUUCACGAUUACUUUACCUAUUAAUGGAAGGGAGGAUAGUUAGACGACCAUUUGUUAGGUGGUUUGAGGACGAAAUCUGGCCAAACAAACGAAAUCCAUUGAUAACAAAUAAAAGCAUUUCGGAAAAAUCAGUCCGAAAUCAGUUGAUUGCAGUGGAACAAAAGGGAAUGAAGUUGCCUCUUGUAUUACCUACCUGUGAUAAUAACAAUACAGACGUUAACACCACAUCGACAGAGGUACUAAAAAUAAUGGAAGGUGAACUAGAAGAAAUUCAACCAGCUGUAACGUCUUCAAAUGAAUCGUCGUAUUGCCGUGUUCUUCAAUUUACAGAUCACAAUGGUCAAACAAAGGAGAUGAUCUUUCCCAAAGGAUUGGAUUUAGAUCGCCCCAAGAGGGAAAGAACGUCAUUUUCGUCACUGCAACUUCAAAGACUUGAAGAAGAAUUUUGUAAAAACCAAUAUUUGGUCGGCAAAGAUAGAUGCGUGCUUGCUGUCAAACUAAAUCUAACAGAAACUCAAGUAAAAGUAUGGUUUCAAAACAGGAGGACAAAGUUCAAACGUGAAAAAAGUAAAAUGAUUGAAUUACAACACAGUAACGCCGAAAGCAUCGCAACACGCAAUAUCCUGCAUCUACUUGACAACAGUCGACCGCCGAUACCGCUAACAACAAAUCCAUACUAUUGAUACGAUCAUACGGUACCAUAUUGGUAAAAUAUUUCCAUUGGUAAUUGAUGACGGUAGUCAACUCAUCGACUAAUCAAAUUAUCGACAAUUUAAUACUUGGUAUGCGUUACUGAAGAUAACCUACCUAUUAAUGAUCACUCUUGAGAGAUUCUUUGACUUACUUGAACCAUGGAGGAAAUGUAUUAAUAUAUUUCCUCCAUGCUUGAACAUUACAACUUGAAAGCCGCUGGUCCAUGGUAGGACUGAGGUGCAAAUUUGUAUGGCUUAUGGCACCUCUCUAGACGGUAUGGCACCCUUGGAAUACAUUUUUCCCAUUUUAAUAAAAAAAAAUAAAAUAAAAUAGGAACCCCCCCCCGCUCCCCAGCUCCUUGAAUCUGCCCUGCAUUGACUCUACAUAAAAUAUAUCUAGCAGAACAACAAACACCGAGACCUUUGAACUAUAGCCGUAUUUAACGCACCGAAGUGUUUAUGUUUUCCUCGAAUAAACGCCACCUAAGUAAAUGUAAACAAAUCUAAUGGAAGCGACAUCAUUCUCAACACAUUCUAUUAAUGUUCUACUCCAGUAGAAUUACAUUUUUUUCUAACCUGGUUGGGAUCA